GUCCCUUUCCCUUUGCCAUCCCCUUUCAAUCUGCAAAACACGUUUUCCCGAAGAAUUCGAAUCAUCAAUCCCAGUCGCUAGCAAACAAAUUCAACAUCAGAUCCACGUCCGGAAUCCACCUAUUUUCCGAUCACCGGAGUUUCUAGUUCGCCGUCAAGUUUCAGUGCAAUUGUUACUUGAUUUCGAUUUCGUGGUCUAAAUUGAAGAUUUGCUGCCGACGAGAUGAGUGAGGUAUUUGAAGGUUACGAACGCCAAUACUGCGAGCUUUCUGCGGGUUUGUCGAAGAAGUGUACAUCGGCUAGUCUUCUCGAUGGAGAGCAGAAGAAGCAGAAAGUUUCUGAAAUAAAAGUUGGACUUGAUGAAGCUGAAUCUCUGAUACGGAAAAUGGAUCUUGAGGCGAGAAGCUUGCCGCCAAAUGUGAAGGCUGUGCUCCUUGCCAAACUAAGGGAAUACAAAUCUGAUCUGAAUAACUUGAAGAGUGAAGUUAAACGAAUUGCAUCAACCAGCUUAAACCAGGCUGCUCGAGAUGAAUUGUUGGAAUCAGGAAUGGCAGAUGCAGCAACGGUUUCGGCAGACCAAAAGGGAAGACUACUUAUGUCAACAGAGAGAUUGAAUAAAACGAGCGAUAGAGUUAGGGACAGUAGAAGGACCAUGCUGGAGACUGAAGAGCUCGGGGUUUCAAUUCUUCAAGAUCUAAACCAACAACGACAGUCCCUCCUGCAUGCCCAUGGAACGCUUCAUGGAGUUGAUGACAACGUAAGCAAGAGUAAAAAGAUCUUGACCAACAUGUCGAGAAGGAUGAGCAGGAAUAAAUGGAUCAUCGGGUCCAUCAUUGCUGUGCUCGUUCUCGCCAUCAUCUUAAUCCUCUAUUUCAAGUUGAAGAAGUAAGACAGACAACUCUUCUGCUUUAAGUGUUUACCAACCCUUUUAUUGGCCUUAUUUUUGCUGCAAGUGUGUGCUAUUCAUUGUGAAUUUACCAUAUUUGGUUUAAUUCAACCAAAAAAAUAGCAAAAAAAAAAAAAAAAAGAGUUCCUGUUUGCAACUUCUAUGCUUUUCUAUGAUUGCUAUGAGUGGAUCAUUUCAGAAAAUUUGUAUCUUUUUCUAUCAAUUUUUUCAUAAUGGAAGAAGCUUUAUUCUUGUUGACA